AUGUCCUCAGACGCGUUCGCGAACCCGCGCGUCGGCGUCGCAGCGGUCAUCCAGAGAAAGGACGGACGCAUCGUCGUGGGCAAGAGGGAGAGCAGCCACGGCUCUGGGACGUGGCAACUCCCCGGCGGCCACCUGGAACUCAAGGAGGGAAUCUUUGAGUGCGCGGUGCGCGAGACGGAGGAGGAGACGGAGUUGAAGGUCAGGGCGACCAAGAUCAUUGGCGUGACAAACGACGUGUUUGAGGAGUCGGGGAAGCAUUACGUCACGCUCUUUGUGAGGUGUGAGAUGCUGGACGAGGCGGCGGAGCCCAAGAAUCUGGAGCCAGAGAAGUGUUCGGGCUGGUAUUUCAAGACGUGGCAGGAGGUGAGGGAUAUCAAGUCUGGAGAUGGCGGGAUGAAGCUGUUUUUGCCACUUGCGCAUCUCGUCGAGGAGAACCCUGAUAUAGAGAACGCUUGA